AUGAACUCGGCUGAUGAGCUUCGUGCUCUAGGAAACAAAUAUUAUAGACAAGGAAGAUAUUUGGAAGCGAUAGAAGCAUAUUCGAAAGCAAUUGAAAGAAACCCGGGCAUUCCACAAUUCUAUACAAAUCGAGCAUUAUGUUAUAACUCGUUACGCGCUUGGGACAAAGCGAUUCACGAUUGUAAGCGAGCCAUUGAAUUGGACAGUUCUGUAGUAAAGGCUUUCUACUUCUGGGGACAAGCGGCUGUUCAACUAAGUCUAUUCGAUGAGGCGAUCAAAGUGUUAACAAGAGCUCAUGAUCUCGCGCAAUCACAACAAUUGAAUUUUGGUGACGAUAUAACGCGAGCAAUUCGAGAAGCAAGUCGCUCAAAGUUUAAGCUAGAAGAGAAGAAUCGACAACGAGAAGAGAACGAGCUGGAGGUUUAUUUGAUAAACCUUAUCGAGCAGGAUCUCGAGCGAAAACUUGAGCGUUUGGAGCUGAAAGAGCAAAAGGAAAACCAAGUGAUUCGAGAAGAUGACAAUGAAGAGGAAAUCCCUGUGAAAUCUAUUGAAGAUACUCAAGAAUUGAGGAAUGAAUCACAAAAGAGAAAAGAUCUUUUGCACAAUUUGUUUUCACAGAUUGAUGAUGAGAGAAAUGAGCGAGAUUUCCCUGAUUAUCUGUGCGGGAAGAUUUCACUCGAGAUUUUGAAAGAUCCAGUGAUCACUCCAUCAGGUAUCACCUAUGAUCGAACGGAUAUCAUCAAACAUUUGAACCAAGUCGGCCAUUUCGAUCCAGUCAGCCGCAUUCCACUCACAGAAAAAGAUCUCAUUCCGAAUUUAGCCAUGCGAGAGGUUUUGGAGCAUUUCUUAGCAACGAAUGAUUGGGCACGACAUGAGCUU